AUGAAGAGAGAAGACAUUACCUACCUGGGUGCUGGCCCUGCCAGUCUCCCCACCGAUGUUCUCGCCACAGCUGCCCAGGCGCUGCAGAACUACCAAGACACUGGACUUGGUGUCGCAGAACACAGCCAUCGCAGCGAAAUCGCGACAAAUAUCCUGAAUGGUGCCAAGGCUGAUCUUGCCAACUUCCUGGAUAUCCCCGACACCUACGAGAUCCUCUUCCUGCAAGGUGGUGGAUCCGGCCAAUUCGAUGCGACCGUUUACAACCUCGUCUCGAUCUGGGCUGAGAAGCAGAGACAGCAGGUCAUCAAGGAGAAGGCCGGUAUUAGCGAGGAGGAAGUCAUUAGCGAGCUGCGCAAGAAGGUCGAGUCGGAACUGAAGCUGGACUACCUGGUCACUGGAUCAUGGUCGCUGAAGGCCAGCCAGGAAGCCGUUCGCCUUCUUGGCUCUGAGUAUGUCAACAUCGUCAGCGACUCCAGGACCGUCAACGACGGCAAGUUCGGAAAGAUCGCAGACGAGUCGACCUGGAAGCUGAGCCCCAAGGCUGCCUUGGUCUACAAGUGCGAGAACGAGACUGUUGAUGGCGUCGAAUUCCCCAGCUUCCCCAAGGUUCUGGAGCCCAAGGGUACCGACGAGGACCCUAUUGUCGUUGGAGACUUCUCUUCCACUAUCCUGUCUAGACGUAUUCCUGUCCAGAACUACUCGAUCAUCUUCUUUGGAGCUCAGAAGAACUUGGGUGUUGCUGGAAUCACGGGAGUGAUCAUCAAGAAGGACCUCUUGCCCCCUGUUUCUUCCCCUUGCUCUCCUGCCAUCCUGCGCAAGCUCGGCUUGCCGAUUGCGCCCACCAUCCUCGACUACUCUGUUGCCGCUAAGAACAACAGCUUGUACAACACUCUCCCCAUCUUCGAUGUCUACAUUGCAGGCCAGGUUCUGAAGAAGCUGAUUGCCGAAUUCCCCGACAAGGUGGAUGGACAACAGGCUGUGGCCGACAGAAAGGCUAAGCUCAUCUAUGAGACGCUUGACGCCUACCCCGAGGUAUACAAGGUCGUCCCCGCUAAGGAGGUGCGUUCAAGAAUGAACGCCUGCUUCCGUGUGAUCAAGGGCGGCAACGUCGACGAUGCCGAAAAGGCCUUCCUGAAGGGUGCUGUCGAGCGUGGCAUCACUGGCCUGAAGGGCCACAGAAGCGUCGGAGGUAUCCGUGCGUCGAACUACAAUGCCAUUCCCGAGUCGGGCAUUGAGAAGCUUGCCGCGUACUUGAAAGAGUAUGCUACGGCAUAA